GCAAACUAUUCAUAAAGAGGAAGAACAUGCUGCAACACAUCAGGAACGUUCACAAAAUGGCCGUGGAUGUCAAGAAAUUGAUGAAAUGCGACGUAUGUGGCACUUCCCUGCCUACAAUGGAGAAGUAUUCGGUGCACCAGAUCGCUGCGCACAACUUCGAGGCUGAUUACGUGCACCUGGUGUUCCGGAACAAUAAGGAAUUUCAUGAAUGGAAAGCAGAAGAAGAGGGUAGCCAAAACUGCUGGUUCAUUUUGCCCAGGGACCCCAAAAAGCUGGCCAGUGGAGAAACAAGGAUCCACUAUUACUGUAAUAGAUCAGGCGAGGCAAGGAAAAAGGAAGGUCAUAGUGACCGUCGGGAGAAAAGUCAGGGGAGCUGUAGGUCUGGUAAGAUAUGUCUUUCAUUUAUUACCGUCACAAUUACCGUCCGACACCUGAAGGCACCACCAUAAAAGUCAGGUAUCAAAGAAACCAUUACGGUCAUAAACCAGAAAUUCAGCACUUGAGAAUGAGUGACAAGGAAAAGGCCAGCGUAGCAGAGAACCUAGAAAGGGGUGUGCCCAUGAAAACCAUUCUAAAGCGAGUAAGAACAUCUGUGGCAUCCAAGCUGAGGCCCGUGCACUUGGCAGAGUGCUCAACCCUGCAUAACAUCAAACAGCAGUUUAACAUUGCUGCUCCUGAACAUUGUCACACUAAUGACGCUAUCAGUGUAGACAUGUGGGUGCUUGUGAUGAAAGAAAAAGGUGAAACACUUGUCCACCUGUACAAGGCACAAGGUGCAGUGGACCCAAGUGGUACAUUUCCUUCAGCAGACUUUGCUCUUGUUCUGAUGACAGAGUCUCAGAAGGAGCUACUAGAAAAAUUGGGCCCUGCAGGUACUGUAUGUCUUGACUCCACACAUGGAACUACAGAGUACCAGUUUGAGCUGACUACUCUUCUGGUGCUAGAUAAAAUAGGAUCAGGUGUAGCUAUAGCUUAUUUCAUCUGCAACCGGAUGAACGAGCAAACUUUGACAGCAUUCUUCAAAUAUCUGGAGUCGGCCAUGGCCAAAAAAGUGGCUGCUAAGACAUUGAUAUCUGAUGAUGCGUCGCAAUUCUACAAAGCAUGGUCCAUGGUCAUGGGUGCCGCAAAACAGAAACUUCUCAGUGCCUGGCAUGUGGAUAACAAUUGGCGUAAGAAGAUACUCGAGUGUGUAGAGAAACAGCUAAGGCCACAUGUUUACCAUAGUGUGUGGCUACUCUUAGAGUUCCUCGCGGAAAAGGCAUUUGAAGAUUAUUUUAAGCAAUUCCUUUCUAGUGAGGAAGAAGAACUGAGGGACUUCCUGAAGUACUUCAAUGACCACUAUGCAGUUAGGCCGCAAGAGUGGGCCUAUUGCUUUAGGACUAGAGCAGCUGUCAACACUAACAUGCACCUUGAGAGCAAGCGCAGGACGUUAAAGCAUACUAUGCUGGAGAGAAAACAGAAUAAGCAUGGUGACAAACUUAUUUCUGCCCUCAUGGACUUGACAAAUCAUUUUUUAAUGAAAAGGGCUAUCCAGAUGAUGAAAGGGGUAAAGGGUAAGAAGCUGAGCAGAAUUCAGAAGAACCACAGGUCUGGCAGUGAAAUGGCAGCUUGAGCCAAAUUAAAUGAAGAUGGCUGUGCCAAAUUAAAUGAAGAUGGCAUAUAGACUGUGCCAUCUCAGUCUAAUAAAGGGCUCUCAUAUAAAGUGUCAAAAGUGGGAGAUGGUGCUUGCUGUCCUUUGAGGUGUAAGGAAUGUGCAGUGUGUGUGCAUACUUACAUGUGCACUUGCUAUGACCAUCUUAUACACUUUACAGUGUGCAAGCACAUUCACUGUGUGGUCAUCGCUAAUCCAACUAGCAGCAACAAGGCCCAUGAGAGCUCACCCGAAGAAGCAUGUGAG